UUUGUUGUUACUCUGCAUUCCUCCUCUUUGGAAAUGCAGCACUGCGCUCGUACCCUGAACACAGAUUGCUGGGCUGUUAUUGCGUUAUUCUGAUUCUGGGGUUAAUUAGCACUCGGCGUGUGGCUGCGAUACUGGGACACAAUACAGUAAGUCCUACUGGUGCUGCACCUUCUUUCGUUAAAUAAAGGGAGGACAUUUCUCAGAGAAAGACGCAUUCACUUGCAGGACCUUUUGAUAUCGGUGCCUGCAGCAAGGGGACGGCUCUCUUCAGAGUUGAAGGUUGUACUCAAGACAUGAAUGGAAUGUAAGCAGCCAGCAAUGGCGCACAGAAAAAGGCAAGGGACAAGCAGCGGCAUGGUGGAGCCCAGGGUGAGGCCUUGCCCUGCCGCUUCUGCUGCUCUUGACAAAGAGGAGGAGCCGGAACAGGAAGACCUUCAGGCCCCGGAACAACAGUUCCACCAAGAGGUCUCUGACCUGAAGGACAGCCGGCCUCCCACCCCAGAGCCCACGGACCAGGAGUGCCAUGACCACAGCGGGGAUGAGGAUUCCAGCUCCGACUAUGUCAACAACACCUCUGAAGAGGAGGACUAUGACGAGGGCCUGCCUGAAGAGGACGAGGGGGUCACGUAUUACAUAAGGUAUUGCCCCGAGGAUGACAGUUACCUGGAAGGUAUGGACUGCAAUGACGGGGAGUACGUAAAUCACGAGGAACAGCCGGUGGAGACUGAUGAGUGCCAGGAGGCCGUGGAGGAGUGGGCAGAAUCUGAGGGGCAGGGCCAGGUUCUCAGCGAGGCAGCAGAGGAACAGAUCUAUGAAGAAGACCAAGACCAGGGCCUGGGGGACCAUGAACCUUCUAUGCAAACUCCCCUUCCAGGAGACGAAGGCAAGGCGACGGAGGAGGAAGAAGAAGAAGAAGAUGAUUACUGCCCCAACGAAGAAAGUUACCCUCAGGACUAUUACGCCCCGGAGACCAAUGGAAAUUCUGUCUGUGUGUCUCCCUACCGAGCUCGGAAGGGCGGUGGGGAGGGGGAGGACCAGGAGGAGGAUAUCGACCAGAUCGUGGCUGAGAUCAAAAUGAGCAUGAGCAUGGGGAGCAUAAGCAGUGACACUGACCAGAGCCCAGAGGAGCCUGGGAUUGAAACAGGCUCCAAGGACUUCAAGGAUGUUGCUCUCAAAGCAGAUCCUGUCCCAUACACGAGGAGCAGACAUGAAGGCAGGCCAAAGUCUCUGAACAUUCCUCAAGCUUCGAGGCACAGUGCAGAAAUACAGAGGGGGUUUAAAGUGCGGGCCAGGACUCCAGAGGAAAGGCAGAAGUGGGCCCAAGAGCAGGUGUGUCACAAUCCAGAUCAGCCAAGGAAACAGCAGCGAUCAGACCUUAACGGACCAGCUGAAAACAACAAUAUCCCAGAGAAAGCAAAGAAGACUGCUUCCUUCCCCAGCUUUGUAGAUGUUAACAGUAUAGUAGGUGAAUGGCUGGGCUUGGAUCUGAAACCAGGGCCUCCUGCUCCCCUGUCCUCAGCUAUGACCACCCGGCCACACAGCCUCCAUUUGAAAAUUCCAGGACCCUGUGAACCAGAGGACCUCAUUGAUGGAAUCAUUUUUGCUGCCAAUUACCUGGGCUCCACACAGCUGCUCUCAGAGCGCAACCCAUCCAAGAACAUCCGCAUGAUGCAGGCCCAGGAAGCAGUGAGCCGUGUGAAGUCUGACAGCCGUGUUUCCUGUUUUAAUGCUGCACAGAGGGUACAGAAGGCAGCCAAAAUCAAGAAGAAGGCGACCCCGGAAGGCGAUGCUCAGACGCUCACUGAGGUGGACCUGUUUAUCUCAACCCAGCGGAUCAAGGUGCUGAAUGCAGACUCACAGGAGACCAUGAUGGACAAUGCUCUGCGCACCAUCUCCUACAUCGCAGACAUCGGCAACAUCGUGGUUCUGAUGGCCAGACGCCGCAUGCCUCGCACCGCCUCUCAGGACUGCAUUGAGACCACCCCCGGCGCGCAGGAGAGCAAGAAGCAGUACAAGAUGAUCUGCCACGUCUUUGAGUCUGAGGACGCACAACUUAUAGCUCAGUCCAUUGGGCAGGCAUUCAGCGUAGCCUACCAAGAGUUCCUGAGAGCAAAUGGGAUCAACCCCGAGGACCUCAGCCAGAAAGAAUACAGCGACAUCAUUAACACACAGGAGAUGUAUAAUGAUGACCUUAUCCAUUUCUCAAACUCUGAGAACUGCAAAGAGCUGGAGCUGGAGAAGCAGAAGGGGGAGAUCUUGGGGGUGGUGAUUGUGGAGUCAGGCUGGGGCUCCAUCCUGCCCACAGUAAUCCUGGCCAACAUGAUGAACGCAGGACCAGCCGCGCGGUCAGGCAAGCUCAGCAUCGGAGACCAGAUCAUGUCUAUUAACGGCACCAGUUUGGUUGGACUUCCGCUCGCCACUUGUCAGGGGAUAAUCAAGGGUUUGAAGAACCAGAUCCAGGUGAAGCUCAACAUUGUCAGCUGCCCCCCGGUCACCACCGUCCUCAUUAAGAGGCCAGACCUCAAGUACCAGCUGGGAUUCAGUGUACAGAAUGGCAUUAUCUGCAGCCUGAUGAGAGGUGGAAUAGCCGAGCGAGGAGGGGUGCGGGUCGGACACCGCAUCAUUGAGAUCAACGGGCAGAGCGUGGUGGCGACUGCGCAUGAGAAGAUAGUGCAGGCCUUGUCUAACUCUGUGGGGGAGAUCCACAUGAAGACCAUGCCAGCAGCCAUGUUCAGGCUCCUGACAGGGCAAGAGACUCCAAUAUACAUCUAGCAUGAAGAUACAUUGUCUACAAGGGAAACCACAUCAAGCUGCGGCUCUGCGUACCUGGAAGAAAUUACGGUAAAUAAAGCGGAGGACUUAAAGCACUAGAAGAACUCCAGAGGACUUGCGAGUCCUGAAUUAAGAUUGCCCAGCCAUUGUUUUUUUUUGUUUGUUUUUUGCCAAAAGGGAUGCCAGUCUUCAUUUAGUGCUGACACCUUUUCAUAGACACUAACACUUUACAAAUUUCCCAGUAUAAACAAACAAACAAAAAGUCUCAUGAAAGGCUGGUGAAAUGGAUAUUGUUAUUUAUUUGUGCUGUUGUGUGUUGGAUGUACAUCUGGUCACAUGAAGGAGGACUUGAUUGUCUAGUAUGAAUGGAGUUUAAUUUUAUAUUUAUAUAUUAGUAUAUAUGUUUUUCUUUUCAGCAGUAAGAGUAUUUAUAGAAAAGUUCUGUGUAGGAUGUAAAUGUUGAUUGAAUACCAGCAAGUACCGGUGUGAGAGUGUGAAAUCCUUGCUAGGAUUGGGGCAGGGAGGGUUUCAAGUUCAGAGUUUCAUAGCCUUCAGCUCCUCAAGCCCCUUCUGGAUUCUCUGGUAAGAAUUGAUAAACAUUUAAAAGUAGCAUUAGUGCAUUGCAACACAUUGCCUUUGAAAAAACUAAAUCAUGGCGUUCAUAAAAAAUAAUACGGCUGUAUGGCAGCAAAUCUAAUAUGUGGUGGCAUGUGCCUGCGUUAGAAAUGGAUUGAAAGGACGGUACAGUUUAAAUACCCGGUUUGAUUAAUUACAGGCCAUUUGUAGGCCUGUGAGGAGGGUAUAGAGCCAUGUUAGAAGUCAAAGCAUUAACGUCCUGAUAUUGUUUGAACUGCUAAAUGCCAGGUAGCAAGACCCACACAAACAUGUGGGGUACAGCGUGCAGCUGGCAAUGACCAUCGAGGUGAAAGAUCUACUGUGUGUCUGUGUAACAGAGGUCCAUUUAGGAUUCGCCAUGGUUUUUAGAAUUGUGUUUUAUAAAAUAACAGACAAGUAAACAAUGGUUUACCUUUCUUUACCAAUUAUCUCCCCUAUACUUGCACCUUUAUAAAGCAAAGUGCCCUUCAGUAAAAAAUUUAAACCAAAAAUAAAAAUAGCCUAAAUCUAAAUUUAGCUUUUUAGUAUAAAAAUAAUGAUUUUUUUUUUUUACAUUGUUAAUUACAGCUCUGUCUCCCAAUUUUAGCCCCCUUUAAUGACCAGAAUAUCAGUUUGAAUGUUGUUGUGAAUGUACAGUGUUUCAGGUGUAUUCAUAACCAUCAGCAGUAUUAGCAUAUGUGUAAAUAAUACAUACUGUGUUAGGUAUUGGACCCAUUAAGGGAUUAAGUGUUAGUUGAUCUUAACAUUUGUUUGUCUUGAUGUUGGGCCACAGCCUUGGGGGGGAAAAAAAAAAAAAAAAAAAAAAUUACACUGUGACUGAAGAAGCCUUACUGCUCAGUAGGGCUUUCAAAUUUACUGUACUAAAACAAUAAUAAUAAUAAUUAACUACCCGUUGCAUGCAGCUAAAGAUAGAACAAAGUCAUCCUUGGGGGAAUAAAAAUAAUAAAUCUUACCUUUUAAACUGUC